AGAGAGUAUAAUUUUCCCUCGUGUCAAGUAGCUUAGUGAUGGGGGUGGGCGAGUCUAUUUGUUGAUGCAGUGAAACGGGCCAAAGUACUCGACAACUAAAGCAAAAAAAAAAAGACGGUCUAUGUUUAAACUCGAAGUCUAGAUAAAAGAAAAAAAAAAAGACAAUGCAAUGAUAAUGUAGGCUAAUUUAAGAUCCGAAUCUAAGCUAACGCUUUUUUUUUAAAGCGAUGAGAAUAGUCAUACGUGGCUGAGAACAUUGAUUGAUGUUUUGGACACAACCUGACAUUACUUGGAUAUAGUUUGCAAUGUAGGUAGUACUAUGAAGCAGAUGACCAAGCGCCUAACAACGCCAGGAAGGCCCUGAAUGUGUAUUAUAUACAUUUAAUUCUUCGUUUUGACAGCAUUGUGCACCCAGCUUGAAAAUGAUUCGCUGACUAUUGACAAGAGCUUAACGCAAGGUUUGCACUGUUUAAUACCGGUACAUGCAACUCCAUUGAGUUCACUGCAAAAUAAUAGGCCUACCAGAAAGUGCUGAGCUACCAAAAUAGCAAGUAUCCCUGCAUGUUGCGAUUUUAUUCUUGAUGGCGCCAAUAGAUGGAUAUUGGGGGAAGCAGACAGCUACGGUUGACUGGUGUGAAGAGAAUUACGUUGUUAGUAGCUACAUUGCAGAAUUCUGGAAUACAUUGUCAAAUGCAGUUAUCAUUUUGGCACCACUCUUCAUGCUGAUAGUUGGAUAUCAACAAAAUAUUGAACGAAGGUUUAUGUACAGCUUUCUAGCAGUCACAGUUAUAGGUACUGGUUCAUGGCUUUUCCAUAUGACUCUGAAAUACAGUAUGCAGCUCAUGGAUGAAGUUCCCAUGUUGUGGGGCAGCACAAGUUUUAUCUACAGCUCUCUAAUGGUGAAAAGCAAACCAAAUGAAGACAAUGUGUUGGUGCAGUUGUCUUUAUUCAGCAUGUGCCUUUUUGUUACAUUGAUGUAUCUUUUUAUAAAUGCUCCAGUAUUCCUACAGGUUGCUUAUGGGCUGUUAAACACUGUGGUGAUUUUUUCCAUGGUUAAAACCUGCUUGACCAUGGAAUGUGACAAAAGAAUAUUCCUAGGUGGCGUUGGCUGCUAUUUAAUAGGCUUCUUCUUCUGGAAUGUUGACAACAUUUAUUGCCAUCACUUAAAAUAUUUAAAAGUCUCUCAAGCUGCCUCAGGGAUGUUAUUUGAGUGCCAUGCAUGGUGGCAUAUAUUUUCUGGCAUUGGUGCAUACUUAGGCCUUUUAUUCUCCUUGCAUACAAGAUAUGUGUAUCUUCAGAGAAAACCCAGAGUGAAGCUAUUAUUUGGUUUCUGGCCCUACAUUGUUAUAGACAAUACUACAGCAAAGCAAAAAUAGACAAGGUAGAUGUUGUGAAUUCGGAUCAUGAAUCUCCAUAAGUUUUGUUUUGAUAUUAUUUAGAUGAAAAGAUGUUCUUUGAACAUCCCAUUACAAGGGUUUUAAUGUCUACAUUAGUCAGUGGUGCUCACAUUUUUAGUUGCAUUAGUAGCAACCUUAGUCAUUUCCUCAUUCACUCACUCCUUCCUCAGUUCUCCAUUCACUCCAUAACAAUGAGGAGACAACAGUGGUGCUCACAUUACAAAUAGCAUUGAAGACAGUCUUUCUUUCUCCACCCCUUCCUUUUUUUUUGUUCACCUGAUUAAAAAGAAAAGCCUGCAGUAUAUCCACUUCAGACACAAGCUAUAGUAACAUGCCCAGUUAAUUAGUCCUGCAUUUAUAUAUGUGAAACAUAUGCAUCAUUCAUUAUGGUAAUGUCAUAAGAGAACAGAUUUUCUUUAUCAAAGAAGUAACAUUAGAUAUUCAGAGUUUAUGCUAUGUCAGUUUUGGUUUCGUAGCCACAGAAAAUGUUUCACAAUUUGAUGAGUCAAAUUUGUUGUAGAAAUUAUUUCAAGUGAUCAUGAAAAAUUAGAAGUGCAGUUUUUUGUUUCAAAUAAAAUUUUUGCUCAAAAGUAUCACUGCCUGGUUGUUUGUUAUGCACCCUGGACUGUCAUCUCAAUGUUCCUGGCUUUGAAUUCUGCUCUUCGCUCUCCCCCACUGUCAUGCAGGAGAGUUGGGCUCAAUGUGUAAUAAUCAUCAGUUCUGAAGGAUCAUCAAAAACAUCCAAAUCAAAAGCAGGGAAGGGUUGAAAAAAACUAAUUACUGGGGAAGAGGACUCUGAGUGUGAAGCAAAGGAUCUCAAAGAGGUUAAAUAGGAAUCAAGGCAUGACGUUUAAGGCAGCAUUUGAUGUGAAAAUGACCGAUUUUGAUUCCUUCCUUUUUGUUGUCUUUCUUUAAUGCUAUUUAUCAAGAUGUGAAUAUUUUGUGAUCAAGCUUUCCUAUACAGUGGAGAAUGCUAAUCUAAAAAGUUGUUCUAUGUUAAGUUUUAUGAUCAAUAUUGUGCCAGUUGCGUCCAUUAAAGAGGAACCUCUGAGUGUAACUUUUAAAGAUAACUACAUAUUUUAUCAUAAUGUUAUGUAGAAAUUUGACAUAUUGGUGAUAAGGAUGUGACUAUAUUUUUACACAUUUUUCAUGCUGACAUAAUGACAUUUUAUUUACUAUUUGAAAAAAACUUUUAGCUCUAAAUUAAAUUCUAAAUUAAAUUGUUUUCAAAUUGAAAAAUAAUUUAUUGUCUGAGGUAGUAAUGUUUAUGUUGAUAACAAAAUGGAGAUUCCAUGAAAUUAGUAAGUUAGCUAUCUAAAUAAUAUUGAUUUUGAUUUUGAAGGUUAAUCACUAAAAUCAUUAAUGUUUUUUUUUUUUUUAAAUCAUUUUAAAAUAAGUCUAAGUUAUAAAUAGAAAUGUUAUUACAUUAACUGUUAUGUAUUUUCUAUGCAUGACAUAUGAUAAAAAGUGAGGCCUCUAUUCCAUGAUUUUUGUCCCGUACUACUAAGCUUGCCUCAGCGCCCACUUCAAAUGUAUUCUGACAGUGAUCAGAUACAACGUAUACAAUGAAUUUGUACUGAUUAAAUAAAGCCUAUAUACAGUAUACAUUGUUCAGCUGGAUAUGCUGAGAGUUGCUUGCUGUUCUUUCAAUUUAUGAUCUAGUUAGUCUGAAUGGUUUUUAAUAAUUUUUUAACUAUAAUAUAAGACACAAGGUUGAUGAAAUGGAUAAGUAAAUGCACUAUUUUAAAAAUGAAAUGCAAAGCUUAUAUAUUUUUUUUAUUUUUUAAUAUUCACGUUGCUAAUAGUAUCACAUUGUCAUGUUAAAGUAAUCAAAUUGGUUGCCUUUUUUACUGUACAGUCUAUACAAAAUAAACAUUCCUAUUUUUUAAUAAAAAUUUUCUUGUUUGAUAUACAA